AUGAGUGAAGUGAAAGCCAAAAGACAAACUUCAAGGAAAGGCAAGAAAGCCUGGAGAAAGAAUGUUGAUAUUCAGGACAUAGAACUGAAACUUCAAGAUAUUCGAGAUGAGGAGAUAGUCAAGGAUAGAAAUUUAGAAGAAGAAGAUUUUAUAAUUGAUACCACACCAAGCACCCAAUCUGUGUCGAUAAAAGCGCCAAAGAAACUAAAAACUCAUGAGAUAUUAGCAAAUAAGUCCAAGGUACCAGCAUUGUUAAACAAUAGAACUAAAAACUAUCAUGGUAAAAUUCAAGGUGUGAAAAAGACAGAAAUGUUGAGAUUGAUAAGGAUGCGUGGUGGGAAAUAUAAAGACGAGAAUAUAGAAAUGAACAGGGUUGAACGGGAUGGGUUGAUAAAUGGCGGUAACAAAGGUAAUGAAGAUUUAUGGGGAGACGAAGGUGACUCUGAAGAGCCCAAACGAAAAACACCAAAGUUUAAUAAAUCUACUGCAGAGGUUACCAAAGCAACAACAGUACCAAAAACGUUACGUGAAAAGCCCAUUCAAAUAACUAAGAAUGAACUUAUUGAAAAGGUUGUACAUCCCGGUAAGUCGUAUAAUCCAUCUUUGGAAUCAUGGAAAGAUUUGAUUAAUCAAGAGUAUGGCAUAGAAUACAAAAGAGAGUUGAAUAGACAAGCAAUGGAGGAACAUGAGUCAAGGAUCAGGGAGUUAAUGGUUAUCUUGAAAGAUGAUAUGUUGUCAGACGAUGAUGAUGAUGAAGAUGAAGAUGAUGAAAAUGAAAAUGAAAAUGAAAAUAGACAAGAAGGAGGAGGAGAAAAAGAAGUAGUGGGGUGUGUUGAAGAAAAUUAUUCCUUAUCUGUAAACAAGCCAAACAAACUAAAAAUCAAGACAAGAACAAAGAGAAAUAAAGAAGUUAGGCACAAACAGAGAGUUCAAAUAGAGAUGGAAAUCAAGGAUCUAAAGAAACAGUUGAAGGAUUUAUCCAAUUUGGAUACGAUUUUACAAAAGCAACAAGAAAAGGAAAAACAGGAAGCAAGCAAGACCACGGGACCAUUAUCGAAGAAGCAAAGGAGCGAAAAGAAGAAUAAGCUAUUCAAAUACACUCCAGUCGAAGUGCCUUUAGAAUUGAAACUAUCGGAUGAGUUAACAAGUAAUUUAAAGAACUUGAAACCUGAAGGAAAUUUACUUUACGAUCAAAUGUUGACUCUACAAUCAAGUGGGAAGAUUGAAGCUAGAGUUCCUGUUAACCGUAAGAGGAAAUAUGCUAAGAAGGUGACAGAAAAAUGGACAUACAAGGACUUUAAAUAA